AUGGACCAGGCGAUCUCUACUCCUUUCACCCCUGAAAUCGAGCAGGCUGCUCCCCCGAAGCGAUUCUCAACGCCUUCUUUUACGCAUUUCAAGGGAGAUUCCGAUCCCGAGAGCCACCUAAAACACUUCAAAAGUGUCAUGAUCCUCCACAAGGCCGACGACGCACUGAUGUGCAAGGCAUUUGCAAUGACAUUGCGAGGAGCAGCUCAGGACUGGUUCCACACCCUGCCAUCUGGGUCGAUCAACAGUUUCAAGGAGCUUGCCUAUGUCUUCACUAAAGAAUACACUUCUUAUCGGACGAUCAAGAAGAACCCAGAUCAUCUGUUCAACCUGCGCAAGAAGCCCGACGAAUCCAUUCGAGAUUACAUCAAGAGGUUCAAAGCAGAAAAGGCCAACAUCGUAGGGUGCGACGACCAAAUCGCAUCAUCUGCCUUCAAGAAAGGUCUUCCAGCAGAACACGAGUUAUACCGCGAGCUGACUAUCACUCCCAGCCAGACUUUAGCAGAGGUCUUCGCGACCGCAGAACGCUACGCGCUCUGGGAUGACGAUCGAAUUGCCGCGAAGAAGUCCACUGAGCAGGGAGAUCGCAGACCAAGCGGGCGGGCCAAGAAGCGAUGGAUUUAG